GGGGACACACCCACUACACUUUUACACUUCCGCAAACUUUCUGUGUUUUUCUCCCCCCCUUCUGUCUUCGUACAGUUUCUUCUACUUCGACAAGACCAUUUUUAAGCUAUCUGGCGUUUAAACGUUUUGAAUCCAAAAAUAUGAGCGAAAUAAAGAUGAACCAGCCAGACACAAAUGAGGAGAGCGGGGAGGAAAAGGACUGGGCGGCGGCCAAAAUCUUUUUUGAAAGCCUCAAAACUAACAAACCGAGACCGCCUAAACCCAGGUUUGCUGUCACCGUCGCGGUGUCUUCCCGCACCCUCUUCAACAUGGUGGCAGAGAGGGAGAUCUAUGAGGAAGAAGGAGUAGAGAAAUACGUCGCCUAUCAGGUGGAACAUGAAGAUGAAGCUCUCAAACCAGGGGCUGCGUUCCCUUUCGUCAAGGCUCUGAUGACAGUCAACUCUCGACUCAGGGAGCUCUACCCGGACAGCGAAGAGUUGUUCGAUAUUGUCCUCAUGACCAACAAUCAUGCCCAAGUUGGAGUGCGCCUCAUUAACAGCAUCAAUCAUUACGAUUUAACCAUCGAGAGGUUCUGUAUGACUGGAGGAAAAAGUCCAAUAGGCUACUUGAAAGCCUACAUGACCAACUUGUACCUUUCCAAAGAUGCUGAGAAAGUGACAGAGGCCAUCGAAGAAGGCAUCGCGGCGGCCACCAUGUUUUCGGCAGAGACUGAGAACGAGCUUUGCGACACGCAGCUGAGGGUGGCGUUCGAUGGCGACGCCGUCCUCUUCUCGGAUGAGUCCGAGAUCAUUGUGAAGAAGCACGGCCUGGACUCGUUCUUUGAGCAUGAGAAGAAGUUUGAGAACCUGCCGCUUACUCAGGGCCCUCUUAAGGGCUUCCUGGAGGCUUUGGGGAAGCUCCAGAGGAAGUUCUACGCCAAGAAUGAGCGCUUGAAUUGUCCCAUCAGGACCUUCCUGGUCACAGCUCGCAGCGCCGCCAGCUCGGGGGCUCGGGUCCUGAAGACCCUCCGCAGCUGGGGCCUGGAGAUCGACGAGGCGCUCUUCCUGGCUGGAGCCCCUAAAGGGCCCCUCCUGCAGAAGAUAAAGCCUCACAUCUUCUUUGACGACCAGAUGUUCCACAUUGAGGGGGCCAAAGAGCUGGGCACCAUCGCUGCUCACGUCCCCUACGGCAUUGGACAGAAAUACAAUAGAGGAAAACUCAUCGAGCAGCCCAAAAAGGAGUGAUCUGCUCAUGGACCGAGGAUCAAAUGAAAAAAAAAGGGUAAAGCAUUAAAGUUGUACAUCACCGUCAACUCAAUUCGAAAUUUGUAUUUCACAAAGAUGGAGACUUACUUUUGUAUUUUCUAUUUCUUUUUUAGCAAAAAAAAAAAAAAAAAAAAAAAAAAUCACUUCUAAGUUUGAAGCCAUACAGUGGAACCUCAAAAGUUGAACACAUCCAAAAGAGGCUAGCCAUAUAUUUAUAGAUAGAUAUACCUCAAACCAUCUUCAGGAUGCUGCUAACCUUGUCAUACAUCAUCAGCUCAGUGAGUAUCAAAACAGCAUCAACAUGUCACCUACCUUACAAGGUUAAUAGUCAUGGCAUAGGAGAGAAGAGUAAUGAAAUCCAUAGAAAUGGAAAUUACAAAUGAGCAAUACUAAUAAUUAUUGACACAGACUUUACCGAGUCAAUGGCAUGUUGAAUGGUAAAUGGGUUGUACUUGUAUAGCGCUUUUCUACCCCUUUUUAAGGAGCCCAAAGCGCUUUGACAGUAUUUCCACAUUCGCCCAUUCACACACUGAUGGCGGGAGCUGCCAUGCAAGGCGCUCACCAGGAUCCAUCAGGAGCAAGGGUGAAGUGUCUUGCCCAAUGACACAACGGACGUGAUUAGGAUGGUAGAAGGUGGGGAUUGAACCAGUAACCCUCAGAUUGCUGGCACAGCCACUCUACCAACUUCGCCACGCUGUCCCCGUGAACAUACAUUUGCUUUAAUUAAAAAGCUCAAGAUGUUUCUACGCUGCCAGCAAUACCCAUAAAAGGCCACUAGGUGACAGUAUCACUGUGCAGAAACCUUCCUUUUCCCUCUCUGUUUUACCUUAGUAUCAUUACAGAGGGUGUCCUGUCUUUUUACACUUCAUAGUAAAAAUGCACCAAAACAUGACUAGGACAGUUAAUAACAGUUUUAUGACAUUUUAACCCUAGAACAGACUGUUACUGUGAUUUAUUUUUUUAACGUUGAAACCAGGCCUCUCCUAAUUUGAUUGUGUUCGAUUUUGGAGGCGCCACUGUACCUUAAAGGCUGUAUCUACACACUGUUACACUUCAUAAUAUGCUACACUGUGUGAUAGUAUACAAUGUCAUACUACAUUUUCUAUCUUGUUUUACUCAUUUUGCAGCACGUUUUUUAUUGUAAGUUAUUGCCAUUGUGUUCAUGCCUCAUUUCUCCGUGCUUUGUUUACAUCAUUGCACUACCUCUGGAAAACUGCUGUCUCUACAAAAUUACUCUUUCAUAUUGUCUUUUCAUAUACCAAGAAUGUGGAAGAAUCCUGAAUUUUCAACCAUAGGUUGAACGUUACUGCCAACACUCAGUCUAUUUUUUAGAUCAUAAUCACCAUAAUAACCAUGUUUGUGCCUUUGUACUUGCACAUAUAAUGGAACCCCAGUGACUUACUAUUUUAUAUUGAUUUAUUAAAGCACAUAAAAUAUUAUCUAGACAA